CGCAACGUCGAGUUGACGUGCGCUAGCUUUGCUCCAGACCCGAGGCUUCCUCAGCGACACGGGCGGUGGGAACUCGCUGGCUGCGCGCUGUAUUACCGUGUUAUUGCCGUGUGGGUCGUUUCUCCGCAAUGAAACGACUCAGCUUAUAGCUUGCUAAUAACACAAACAAAGAAGGAACCAACACGGGGCCGCGACGAGCAUCUGCUAGAACCCCGACCAUGGACUGGGGCGGAUGUGCUCCCGUUGUCCUGCUCCUCGUCUGCCUACGCGCAGCGCAGGCUUACGGGGCGUCGCUGACAAAUGUGACCUUUCACUGUCACAACCUGCACAACGUCCUGAAGUGGGGCUAUAACCAGUCUUCACCGGGGCUCAGUUUCAAUCUCUACAUUGGAACAAUACAACCAAAACCUGGUUUUCCUAAAAAUCUUUGGUUUGAGCCGCCAUCUCAAGAAGUGGAUCUCUCGUUUCUCUCUGAUCUGAACAACGAGUAUUUACUGGAAUUAACUGCAAUGAUUGCGAACAAGUCUGCAGCAAAUAGUUGGGACCUGACUUUCAGCUAUUUGAAAGAGUCUAGUUCGAAGCGGAAAUGUUCUGUCGACCUCCCCGCGGUUAACGUCACUGCCCUUCCGGAUGCGAACGUCCAGUUCAAAUUCAAGCAUCCGUGGCUGGUUUACCGCAGGAGGCUGAGGGGCAGGUCCAAUCUAAGACACAGGAAGAGGGCGAGCAACAGUUAUGACAGUCAAGAGAUGGAAGAUGAAAAGCUUCCUGAGUUCUACUACGUUGUGAAAAUGGACCAGAAUCACCACGAGUUCAUCUGUGAGGAUCAAGUGUGUGAGGAGACGCUUCCAGUGGACGCUUCGCAAAAACAGCACUGUCUGACGAUCGUCGGAGACAUGGAGAUGAUGAAGGUUCAAGGCACAGACGUCUACUGUGCAAAACAAUAUCAGGGUCCCACAGAGCCUUUGACCCACAUUGUGCCCAUCGUGUCCUCUGCACUCGUUGUGUUUGUAGUGGCUGUUGUCGCCGGCAUGGUGUAUAAGAAGAUGACCAAGCCCUCAGAGUCCCGUCUAAGAAGCCUAGUCGUUACAAAUAGCACCACCCGUACCAUGAAAGUAGAAGGAGAGGAGAUCACUGUGCCAGUGUUGGAACCUGCGUCGCCCACACCUCUACUGCCCGAAUUCACAAGCAUCCCUGCGGAGUUCACACACGAUCAUAUUCCGAGGCUGGCGAUAGAUGAUGAAGGUGUGGUUGGCGACGCAGAGGUCGAGCAAGUAAGCGGCGAGGAGCCUGGGUACCGGUUUAUCAACAUGGAUGACGACGAGUCAGAGAACUCCAACCAGGGAUCUGGUUAUGAGAGACGUCCUCAUGUCAGAGAGCCCACGGCCUGAGGGCGGACGGAAAGGAAGGAGCUGUGGUCGUCUCAGUGAGCGAAUAGAAAACCGACCGGAGGCUGAAAGUAAAGUCCCUAAUCCCAGUGGCAAAUUGCAUUUUUUAGUUUUUGUUACGGUUUUUUCAUUAGAAACUUCUCUCUCUCUCUCAAAUACCAAUUUUCAGUAUACGUACGUUAAAUAUGACGCUCAUAAAGAACUAACAUGACAAUGCUAUGUUUGCACUAUUUCUCUGUGUUUAAGUGAAUAAUUUAAAAUAUUGGUUCAUAAAAUGGAGCAAAUCUGUGUCUUACUUAGAUGUUUUAUUACCAAUUAGGACAAAAAAGGCUUGCUUUUCAGAUUUAAUACAUUUUAUUGUGGUCUAGUAAAACGUGUAGAUUUAUUUAUUCUUCAGGAGGCACUUUUACUCUGACAAAUCAUUUCACGUGAUAUUCAAUUUUUUUAUUAUUAAUUCUAAUGCCAUAUUUCUGAAGUGAAAUGUCAAAUUUGGUCAUUUCUGUCUUAGUCACACGUCUGUGACUGUGACUUCAGCGUUAUGUGCACCUCAGCAAGAUGGAAAAUUAUGUAAUUGCCUCCAGGCUCUUCAGAGCGAAGAUUUAUGUUUUCGCUUAAGAGGAAUGUAGUGAGCAUGUGGUGAAAGGGAAUAAAGAUGAUAACGCAGCUUGAACGGUGAUGAUAGUUACACUCAGCAUAGAGACGGUAACAAGGGAACAGGUCAAAAUACUGUGUUCAUGAUGAGUCUCGUUCAUGUCCUUUCGCUUAUUUGCACUGAAGUGUUUGUACAUAAUUCACUUACUUACUUUUCUACUGUGGCCUUAAUAAGCACCUUAACAUUGCUUUCUAAUGCACAUGCAAUAGAGUCUCCAUCCUUUGAGAUAUUUCUUUUGUGAAAUGGAACAUGAGCUGUAGAUUCCUGAUAAUCCAUGUUUAAUUUUAUUGCAAAUGCAGCUUUUGCUUCUGCUCAUGAAACGUGUGAGGUGAAACGCUUUCUGCCUCACAGCGUAUAUUUUUUGUUUUUUAAAGUCUAGCGGUUAAUGGUAUGCAAUGUUAAACAGCUGUCCAAAUGUUUUAGGCUUUAAAAUGUGCCACAGUCCUGUGGAGGUUUGUUUUAAUGAUGUGGAGCCUCUGGCUGAGACUGAUACUGAUGUCGUCAGUAGUUGUUUUUUAUUAAAUGUAAAAGUUGGUCAACUCCAGCGCUCAGUUGUCGAUACUGAUUUUCACUAGAUGCUGAUUUUCUUGUUAAUUUUUUGUCUGUAAAAUUUCAUUUGAUCUUUUUGUGUAUAUAUAUUUUUUUAAUUUACGUCACAUAAUAAAGAUGAAUGUGUUA